AUGCAUGGCGUUAUUGGAGUCUGUUAUUUAAUAGGCCAUAGCAUUCAGACAAAUGAUGUCGUGGCGAUUAAAGUUAUUGAUAAAUUACGCUUUUCUGAACAAGAAGAAAAAAUUCAUCGCGAAGUUGAUAUAUUACAUGAAGUAGUACAUCCUGGAGUUAUUAAAUUACAUGCCAUGUUUGAUACACCCGGAAAGUUUUAUCUCGUUAUGGAAAAACUUCAUUCAGAUAUGUUAGAAAUGAUUUUAACACGACCAGCCAAACGAUUAAAUGAGCGACAAACGAAAUUUUUAAUUUAUCAGAUUCUAGUUGCAUUACGCUAUUUACAUAGUAAAUCAAUUGUUCAUUGUGAUCUGAAACCAGAAAAUGUUUUGUUAGCUAAGUGUGAAGAUUUUCCUCAAACAAAAUUGUGCGAUUUUGGAUUUGCUCGGAUUAUUGGUGAAAAAUCCUUCAGACGUUCAAUAGUUGGAACUCCGGCAUACCUUCCUCCGGAGGCACUCAAACCAGAGUUAAGAUUAGAAAAAGGUUACAAUAGAUCAUUAGAUAUGUGGUCGUGUGGCGUUAUUAUCUAUGUCUCGUACGUUAUCAUGGCUUCACUUCUGCUUGUCUUCUAA